AUGAAGCCGCCGCGGUGCCUGUGUGACAUUUGUACCUGCGGGCGCCAUCGCUGCCCUCAUAAACCCACACGGAUUUAUGAUAAUGGACAACAGCCAUGCCUCACAACAGAGUAUGUGGAAAAAUAUCCCAAGUAUAGCAACAUCUCUCCUCCCUGGAGCCUGAAGCCCAAACAAGAGUACCAAGUGCAUCGUGGGAAAAUUGAAGGAAUUACAACAUUUAAAUCUGAUUAUUUACCAUAUGAUAUUGUGAAGCGACCCUUUAAGGUACAAGAAGAAUAUAAACCAAAGACGGGAAAGAUAGAACUGGGAACCACAUACCAGAAAGAUUAUAAUGCUCAUAAAAUAGAACCAGUGACAUUAGUAAGACCUCUAGAGAGAAAACACACUACAGGAGGAAAAUUGGAUACCAUACCAACCUAUCAAGAUGACUAUAGAUCAUGGGAAGUUCAAAGGAGGGAGCCUAGCAAGGUGGAGCAUAUAUACCACCCACCUACAGAGAAGUUUGGAAAUUCUACUACAUUUCAAGAUGACUUUGUUCCUAGGGAACUGAUUCCCAGGCAAAGCUUUAAACCUCCUUGUGUGGCCAAGCGUUCAGAUGUGCCUUUCGAUAGUGCCACUAGCCAUCGCACUUACUAUAUUGCUUAUCAGCUGCAACCAAAAUUCCUGAGAUCAAAAGAAGAGUAUAAGCCAAACAACCAACCCUUUGAAGAUCUCACAACUCACCGGAAUGAUUUUAAAGGGCUACCUGGGCAACUUGCAAAGAGCUGCAAGCCUGAAAACGCAAAAGUCGAAUCCAAUUGUCGUUUUGAUGGAGUCACUGAAUUUCAGGACCGUUUUCAGCCAUGGUUGGUCUCCUUGCCUGAGCUCCACAAAACAAAAGAGUAUGUGCCACCCCCAGGCACAAUGGAUUUUAAUUCCACGAGCCAUCUUGAUUUCAUUAAGCAUGAGAUUUCUCCUGCUGUCCCCAUAAGACCGGUUUCUAAUCAAAGAAGAAGCAACGCCCCUUUUCAAGGGAAUACAACUACAAAAGAAGACUUUAAAGCUUGGGGCAGUUGUCGGCAAGAGAUUAUUAAGAAACAACAGGAAAUUCCAAAACCCACUGGGAAGUUUUAUGAUUUAACUACGUUCAAAUCUCACUACAUACCACAUCAGAUCAUUCCAACUCAAAGUUUCAAACCUGUACAUGCUAUAAUUCCUAAUUCAGCUCCUUUUCAAGAUGAAACGUUGUAUCGCAUGGAAUAUAUGCCAAAGAAACAAGAGAUCUGCCCAGCAAAUUAUCCAUCUCCUCCAGGUUAUGUCUAUGUAAACACAGAUUCCAACGGUCACAAAUUCUUCCGACAGCUAACUCCAGAAUUUUCUGAAUCAAAUAGUGAUCCUAUCCCAAAGGAAGCAGUUGUUGUGUCCUAACACUUAAAUGCGAUACUUCAAGCACCCUCAUGAAAUAAUUUGAGUCCUACUUGUUAAUUUUUUCUUUAAAUAAUGCUGAAAGCAAAUUAAAUAAUGCAAAUUGUGCUUUUAAAAGCAUUCAAACUAAUAGCUUGAAGAAAAUCAAAGCAAA